AUGUCGGUUCUGAAUGAUCCAGAGUAUGUAAACAAAAAGGCCUCAUAUUUCCACGGUUAUCUUCGUCGUGUAGGAGACCGAAUCGGAGAGCGAGUUAUUAGUUUCAAUCCAAGUGUUCUUACAAAUGACUACAUUAAAACUGCUGCAUCUUCGUAUCCGGAGAUGAUAACUUGUCAUUCACCGAACAUUUGCAUGCCAGGAAACGACUAUUUUAGCAUUAAAAGCGUAAUAAGUAGUGCAGCUUGUUCGCCCUCAUCAGGUAAUGGGAGACUAAAAACUAUCACUUCUUCAAAUGGAAGUAGAGAUGCAAUAUCAACACAUGGUGGUAGAGAAAAGUCAAGUAUAAAUAAUGCAGACAAUGGUGACAGUGACUAUGAUAUCGAACUUGAUGGUGAUGCAAAUGCAAAACAGCCUUCAUUUGCCAAGCUUCAUUUACCAAAGCAAACUGUGCCUCCCCCACCUGUAUUUGUGACAUCCCCUUCGAAACCACCUACUCGCCGGAAUCUGGUUCAUUCCUAUUCACCGGAAGAUGCACUGAAAACAUCACCAGAUAUUAUACUUGAAAUGUCAUCAACCGAACAGACACCACAACUAUCGCCAACUACUUCAGCAGAAAGUUAUAGAGUAUUGAAUGAGAGAAGAGAUUCAGAGACAUCUCUACUAACAGCAGAUUUGACAGAAAUACCGCCGAGUCCACCAUCAAGGCCAGCAUUAACAGAACUUGAAGAGAAGGAUCUUUUUCCUGAUCCGCCAAAGACAGGUCCAAAACCUAAGCCCUUUUCAGCGUUGACAGCUUUGAUUGCAGAGAAAAAAAACAAAUUGGACAAUCCAUUUGCUGAAUACUACAGCUCUUUUGCUGGAAAAGGGGAUCUUAACCCGAUAACACUGAGAAUUUACCUUCCGUUUAGUAAAGAACCUUCACGGCCAUUAACUAUAAUUGUAAAAAGAGAUGCCAAUGUUGAGGAAGUUAUAGGAUAUAUAUUAUAUCAAUACUGGGAUGAAAAGAGGGAACCUUUAUUAGAGAAAAGACUAUGUAAUGUUUAUCAUUGGAAUAUAAGAAUGGUAGAAGAUGAUGGUGAAAUUGAUGAAGAUUUUCCUGCUCUCGAAAGAACGCAGAAAAUAGUAAAAUUCUCAUUUGAACAAUUUGCAUUAUGCGAGGCGACUUCAGCUCAAGUCAAACAAAAUGAGGCGGCUUCGAACAAAUUGAGGGCAUCCACCUAUAAAGAAACUACAGCUACACCUAUCAAGGAAAAUGGGACCACUGAAACAACACUUGAAAAUGGCGGCAUUAUGAAUACUACCACACCAAAAGGGGGUACGGUUGAUCUCACCAACCAGAUAUUUUUGCGUGUUCGAGUCACUCUUAAUCCAAGUGAAGAAGUUGCACACACAACCACAGUGACUGCUCAGGCUAACGCACCCUUUCAGAACGUUUUGGAAUCUGUUUGUCGUAAAUGCAAAUUGGACAGCAAUAAGUACACAUUAAAAAUUGCAGAUACAGAAAAAUACAUAAAUAUGGAAAAGUCAGUUGAAAGCAUUGGAAAUUCCAAGGAGCUUGCACUUGUAGAGAAACCCACUAAUGGAACGUCAACUUCUUCUGAAGUACCGCCACCAAGUCCAACAGCGAUUAAGGAUCGAAAUCUUGUUAGAAGAAGAACACUUAACGAUCCGCCUCAGCCUCUAUAUUUUUCUUCAAAUGAAUUCAUGUCAGUGUACAAGAAAUACACAGUCAAUCGUAAGAUACCAAUGUUCGUUGGACGCCACGAGCGUGUAUUAGCAAUUGAUGGUGAUUAUAUUCAUAUAAUGCCAUCGGAAACAAGAACAAUGUUUGAAUCAGUGAAAACGUCAUCAUAUCAUAUCACGUCAGUGAUGUCCUGUAAAGUAAAUAAAAAAGCCCCUGCCAAUUUCAAACUGGUGAUAUAUCGGGAUUCUGGAACAAAAACAUAUGACUUUGAAGCAGAGUCGACGAAGUUGGCUAUCUUUGUCUCAUCUGGGUGGAAAAUGAUUUUAUUGCUACACCGUCUAAAUUGA